UUUGCUUUCAUCAUCAUGUUCUCUGACUCGAUUGAGAUUGAGACGGAGGCAAUGGGCACCUACGUCCCGAGCAGCGCCAACAACCGCAGCGGCCGCCGCGGCAACAACGACGGCAACUACGCGGCAUUCCAGCAAGGCGACUUUCCGAUGAGCAGCGGCGCUGGCCUGUUUGGCUCGGCUGAGGCGGCAGGCGCCAUCCCGAUCGGUGCCGCCACUAGUGCUGGCUUGUUUGGCACUCCCGGCGCGAACGUUGCUGCUGCUGCUGCUGCUGCUACUGCUGGCGCUGGUGCUGGUGCAGGUGCAUCGAGCGCCGCCGCCGCCGCUGCCGCCACCUCGACCACCAACGGCAUCCCCGACAUUGUCGCAAAGUUCCUCAUCUUCUUCCAGCGCACGUUGGCCGAGAACAAGAACGUCAAUGAGAUCACGUCCGUGUAUGAUGGCGGCUUUGCACAGACGACCGAGCGCUAUUACAAGAAUGCGCCUUGGCCCUCGGCAGAUCUGAUUGCUCCCCUCGUGGACAACGACACCUUCUUCCUCAUUCUCUACAAGGAGCUGUACUACCGACACAUCUAUGCGCGCCUGACCCCCACGCUUGAGCAGCGCCUCGAGUCGUACGAAAACUACUGCGACCUGUUUGACUUUAUUCUCAACCGCGAUCAGCCAGUCGACAUCGAGCUCCCCAACCAGUGGCUCUGGGACAUGAUUGACGAGUUCAUCUACCAAUUCCAAUCCUUCUGCCAGCUGCGUGCCCGCGCCGACACCAAGACUCCCGAGGAGCUGGCCUUCUUUGAGGCCAACCCCCAGGUCUGGGACGUCCACAGCGUCCUCAUCAUUCUGCACUCGCUUGCUGAAAAGUCCAACAUUAACCAGCAGCUCGAGCUCCAGCGAGUGGGUGGCCCCAACGCCGAGGGUCUUGCUGCCGUUGCUGGCGAGUUUGGCUCGCGCGGUCUCUACCGCCAGCUCGGUUUCUUUGCCCUGAUUGGUCUCUGCCGCCUACACUGCCAGCUGGGCGACUACUAUCAAGCCCUCAAGGUUCUCGAUAGCCUUGAUUUCGGCCGACGUGGCAUGCAUUUCAAGGUCCCCGCUUGCCAGAUCACUGCCUACUACUAUGUUGGUUUUGCUUACUUUAUGCUGCGCCGCUACCAAGAUGUUGUGCGCACCCUCAGCUCGAUUCUCUUGUUGAUGCUCCGCACACGUCUUGGCAACUUUGGCCCGUCACAUCAAGUGGACAUGAGCUCCAAGAAGAACGAACAAAUGUACGCUCUCCUCGGCAUGGCUGUGGCUUUCAACCCCCAGCGCCUCGAUGAGACCCUCCAAGCCACGCUGCGCGAAAAGCUCGGCGAAAAGUACCAAAAGCUCCAGAAGGGCGACGAGGCUACUUUCGAAGAGCUGUUCAAGGCUGCCUGCCCUAAAUUCAUCGCACCUGUUGUCUCCGACACUCCCUCCAAUCCCCUCGCUUUGCAACAACGUCUGUUCCUUGCUGAAAUGAAGCAACAAAUUUUGCUGCCAGCUAUUCGCAGUUAUCUCAAACUGUACACCACCAUGCCGAUUGCCAAGCUCGCCUCCUUCCUUGAUGUGGACACCGACACUUGCCGCACACAAUUGCUGUCAUACAAGCACAAGAUGCGUAGCGUCGUCUGGUCUCAGGGCCCUCCGCUUUCUGGAGAGUUCCACUCAACCUCGGACAUUGAUUUUUACCUGAACAAGGACAUGAUUCACAUUGCCGACACCAAGGUGGCGCGUCGCUAUGGCUCUGUGUUUAUCAAGCUCAUUUCCAAUUCGCGGACACCCAACGACAAACUUGCCUCGGCUUAAGGACAAUUUGUCAGUUUGUAGUUGCUUGUGAUUUCGAUCUGUUGCUCCUUUUUUUUGCGUUGUUGUGGUCUUUGGCGUCUUCUUUUUGACUGUAAUCAAACUAAAAGCGCGUCGAGAAACAAGACUCACGUACGGCGCAAUCCCGUCAUGCUUUGUGCACAAACGAAUGGACUGAGCCUGAGUGCAUUGAUAAAAC